UGGCCAUGGAGAUCAUAUAUCUCGCGACGAAUACUCUCACAAAAACAUCCAUUUGUACGUUCUAUAAUCGAAUGUCACCGUCUCUUAUCAGCAGACCCAUCUACAUUACGAUCUGGCGAGCAUCAUCUUCGUCCUGGUGUUCCCACGCUGGCAUGUGCAGGCCUGCUGGUACCAUUUCACAACGUCAUGCUCGCAGACUCAUUAUUACAAGUGCCAAGACGAAUUGACAACGUUCUUAGUGAUCACUCCGACCAGCGUAACGCAGGAUUUUAUUGCUUGUCUACUCCCACUGUUCGCAGUAUGGAAGUUCAAGCUCCAGCUUGUGCAGAAGCUCGGCUUGUCGAUCAUAUUCGGCGAAGGUACCUGUGCCAUCGGCUCCUUUCGAAUCUACCUCGCCUGGAAAGUGUACCAUUAUACAGAAAUCCAUUCACAAAACUACGACAUCACCUGGGAAGCUCUCGGAUCGUGGGGUUCCGCGACCGUGGAGGCACUCUCGCACUACCCUGUGCUUCUGCGUCUGCGCUCAGCGUAUAUUUCCCCUGCUUUAGGAGGGCACAUAGUGAAGAACGUUCCUUUGGGUAGUAUGGGAGGCGCCAGGGACCAGGGAUCUUCACCAUCACUUCAGCAAGUCG